AUGUCGACUGAGCCGGUGUCACAGAACUUUUCACCUCUCCAAUCACUUACUCAACCGGUGGAUCAAGGCAUUCAAAUCGUGGCUGGGAAAUCUGAAUACAAAAUUGUGACCUCCCUCAAACUAUACGUGGCCAGCAAAAGCAAGCAGAAAAAGAAAAUAUGGGUCCAGGUUACUUCCAAGGACGACUUCUUUGUCAAGAUAGUUCCGGGUGAGACAGCCUUCGACGAGUUCCAAGACAUGGUGGCUGCGGCGUGCGAUCUGAAUGUCCCGAAUUCUGGUGAUAUCGUGGCCGAAAACAAGCCCGACCUGAACUGGAAUGUCUAUAUGUGUCGUGUGAAGGGCUGGCUCAAGUCAGAUGCUCGGAGUCUUACGGAUGUCGAGUCCUACAACGAUUGGGUCGCGGCGAUUUUGGCAUGCAAGAAGAAAGAUGUUGCGAUCAACUUGGCUCUUCGGAUGGACAACCCUGCCGAUGCUAUCAAACGAGGGAAACAGGCUGAUAUCCUGGCCAAACGGGCCAAAAUCAAGAAGGCUAUCGAAUUGAAGAAAACUGUGAAGCGCAAGUCGGGAGACGAUGUCGAGGAGAUGGUGCUGCUGAGUGAAGACAACGACGAGGAGAUCGAUCCUGAGGACUGGAACGAUGUGGACUUCCACAUGCGGGCGCUCUUUGACGCUAAUCCGAUCAACCGCGAGUACGAUUCUCUGGUCCCGGUGUUCCUCCAUCCAUCCGUGCCCGGUAGAUUCUUACUCCUGACCAUGGCGGCGUGCCAGGAGUGGGCAAUGGCUAUCAUGGACGAGAAGCAGCCAGCGGUGAAUAUGUUGAAUCCCCCAAAGAGCCUCACCUGGGAAGAUUUGGGGGCCCCCAGGAAGAAGCAUAAGGCCGUGGUUGGCCCCUCCCAGCCCCUUGCAGAAGAGAAGGCCGAGUGGUGCCGAAUGAUGGUCGAUGCGUUUGCAGAGGUGGGGAAGGCGCGCGCAAAGGAGAACGAGGCGGCACCGGCGUCAGAUGGGAUUCCGUACCAGCCGGACUCUGAUGCGCCAAUAGUCGAUUAUUUGAGAUUCCUAAACGUUCGGAACCUCGAGACGGUCCUGGACAUCCUAUGUUCAAACGAUAUCCACUCUCACAAGAUGUUUCGACCCGGGUCGUCUCUUAGCCGACAAGAGGUCCUAAGUCUGGGGCUCACGUUUGGAGUGGUCACAGCUUUGUAUGACAACGCCUCCAAGUAUGAUCGAUUUCUCACUAACAAUUCAUGUUAG